AGGAGACUUACCUUGGCCGGCCAUUAUGGAGAAGAGCUGCACAUGACUUGAUAAGAAUCAAGGUUUGGGCCACCACUCUUAUUUUCGCACAAAUUGGUGUGCUGUUUGUCUCCUCUCAUUAUAGGAGCUAUCCUCAACCAAAUAACGUGUAUGAGGUGUCCUUGGAUAGCUCUUGAAGUGUAGUUUCAUAAUUGAGUGGUCUUGGUUCGAGGAGAGAGAGCUUAUCUUACAAAAAUCGAGCUGGAGGGAGUGGUGGUCUGUGAACUCGGGCUGUGAGAGUGCUGAGACUGUUUGGUGGAUAUCUCGAGUUUUACCAAUCCAAUUAAGACGUGUGAGAUACCAAAAGAAAGCUCUCAAGACGAGGAAUCCGUGAAGGUCUGGUUUGCAUCAAUCGGAGUAGAGGAAGGCUUCCAAAUCGUCCGAGCAAAACACAACCUCGCAGAAACGGAUUUACUCUUCUAAAGAAUCGAGUUAGCCGGAAAACACCCGUUCUAGGGGCUGUUUUCGUAUCCACGGUUAGGGGUUGAAUUAGCAACUUGAGGAAGCUGUUUAACACCCAUUUUCAAGCAAGGAACCAGUUCUCAAUCUUCCUUGGCCGAGGCUUUGGUCAUUGGAUCGAGAAGGAAAGUUUUAAAGCUCAUUUGAGGUGAGGAUCGACAUCUAGUUGCUUACAACUUGUAGGUUAAGCAUGAGAUUACCUAAAUGCCUAAAUAAUGUUUUCCAUGGAUUAUGAUGAUAAAUUAUUGAUGAAAUAUUGAUCUACUUUCCAAAGAAUGAAAUGAGAAAUGAUUUGGUAAAGGAUUGAUAAAAAUGGAGUUAAAUGAACUAUUGGGUGAAAUAGUCAUUUCAUCCAUGUGUGAAUUGUAUGAAUACACAAAUGAUUAUUUAUGUAUUGCGUUGAAUGAUUAAGUUGCUGCUACAUAUAUCUAAAUAUGUAGGAUUAUACAAAUGGAGUAUAUGAUGGAUAAGAAUAAUCUGAAUAGUAUUGAAAUACUAGUUAAUGAUUGUUGUAAUUGUUAAGGAAUUGAAUCUAAGGAUUUGAUUAUAAUUGAUGUACUUGAUUGUGAUGCAAGUGACAAAUUUGAUGUAAUGUGAUGCUAAGACCAUGGUUGGGCAGUUCGUAGGGAUGUCCCAAAAUAGAUUAUUGAUAUUACAAUUCUAGGCAUAGUGAGUGCUUAGGAAUUGGGGUCUAUGCCAAUGUAAGGAGAUGUACUUGAGCCCGUGCUCAUAGAAUUGCAUUGGGUAGACAUGAUGUGGUGAUUGAUGUGCAUGGUGAUGUAGUUGAGUUGGACUCAAGAAAUGCACGGUGGAGUAGUUAACUUGUGUUAAAUAAGGUGCAUGGUGAUGUAGUCGAGUUGGACUCGAGAAUGCAAAUAUAUGUGUUAGGGUUGAACCCUAUAUGUUGUUGUGACUAGGGGUCACGGGGUUUGGGCUAUGUUUGAUAAACAAACCUUGGGCCUACGGGCCGACUACUUGACUUUAUAUAUAAAGUAAGUAUAUUUUAAAAACGGGGUAACUUGGGGUUACGGCCUAGAUUAUAUUAUCACCCUAUUUGAGGGUCUUGUGUUUGAAAUACUUGUUGUAUAUCUAUUAGAUGCCAUCCACACCAGCACUUUAUAGCCCUAUAGAGUGCUGACCCCUUCGGGGGCGUCCCACCACCAUUUUUCAGGUUGAGGCUAGAGCUUGCUUCCUGUGCUCAUUGCUCGAGAGAUCAUCUAGGAGGGAAGACUUGGUUCGUGCUUCCUCCAUUCGGUUUUUAAACAUUAACAAACAUGCUCAUGAAUAUUUUACUAUAGAGCCUGCGUGCUCAUGUUAGCCACGUGUGGCAUUUGUUUUCAAACUAUGUUUUCCGCUACGUUUUCGAUUGCUUAUUAUGUUGUUUAUGGAUGGCUUGCGUGUGAGUGAUAUUCUAGACGCCUUGUAUAAUAUGAACGUGUUGGACUGCGGUUGACUAUUCAUAUUGUACGGCGGGUUGUUGACGUGUCCGGGGAGGUCCGGGGCGUGACAAUUAAGUUGGUAUCAGAGCCAGGUUCCAUAAACUUCAUAAUGAAGUCUCAAAAUUCUCUUUUUGAAAAGAUUUUGAAAACCAUGAGCAUAGAAGUUUUGUACUUGGAGAGCUUUUGGUACUUGGGUUGCAAGGUCUCUAAUUGUUAAGAUGGUACCCUUAGCAAUUGGUAUGGCAGUGACUCGAGCCAAAAUGUGUCUUAAGUACCUAUCCGUCAAUUGACAUUUGAUACGAGUCUAACGACUCUUUCCCAAUUUCUUUCAGAAAUGGACCGUGGUGGCAGGAUUACUAGGAGAAACCCGACCGGCCGUGUACCAGAGGAGACUGGACAGGGCAGUCGAAGGACCUCUAGGGCAUCUAGAGGAGCUGGCCGUGGAGGCCGAUCACAGACCGUGAGUGACGGUCAUGUCGACACAGAAAGUGAAACCUACUGGUCCUAUGAGGACUCGACUUACCAACCGGAAACCGAGCCGGUUGAGACCCCUUACGAAGGGGAUGACGAUGAUGUGAGCGAUGAAGAGGGGGAGAAUGACUCCCUAGCAAGAAUAGAGGCGCUGCUCCAACAAUAUCAACGGGAGCGCGAGGAAAGGAGGGAACCCUGAAGGCGCCGGGGAGGGCGAAUUUCGGGUGAGGUUUCAAGAGGAAGAAGCCAUGGCGAUUCUCGGGCCCACAUUGAACCACAUGGGGGCCGGGGUGAUGGAGGUCCAAUCAUAAGGAUCUCAAAAUUUCUUAAAGAGGCUAGGGACUUGGGGUGCAAACCCUUCAACGGAGCAGGCGACAUCUCGGUCGCCGCGGAAUGGAUCAAGAGGUUGAACGAGGCAGCCCUUGAUAUGCAACUCACCCCCGAAUUUAAACUAAGGGUGGCGGUGAGAUUGCUUGAAGGGAUGGCAUCCACAUGGUGGGAUGGAGCCAAGGGAAAGUAUGGCAAUACCGUGACUUGGGAGAAUUUCCGACAGGAGUUCUUUGCCCAAUAUUAUUCUGAUUUUGAGGUGAACGCUAAAAGGAGAGAGUAUACCCUCCUGACCCAAGGUGGCAAGAUGACGGUGAGGCAACUUGAACAUAAAUUCAGGGAGCUCGCGGAGUUCAUACUGGAGUAUGUCUGUGACGAGAACCGGAUGGUAAAUCACUUCUGGGAUGCCUUAGACCUGGAGGUGCGUGAGAGGGCAACACAGUUGCCUAACAUGACCUUUAGCCAAGUGGUCGAGCAAGGGUUGAAAGGAGAGAAAGAAUGGGAAGAGAGAAAGUUGAAAAACGCCGAAGAGGCGAAGAAGAGAAAGUGGGAGAACCAUGGACCUCAAGGUCCUAGCAAAAAGGGGAACCAUGGGGGAGGAGGAUCCUUUCGGACACCCCCACUGCCAUCUAGGGGAAGUCAAGGCCCGGGCGGGCAAUCACAAGCCUCGGGGGGGACUCGUUGCAAGAAUUGCAAGAGGAACCACCUGGGGAAAUGUCGUGACCCUCCUAGAUGCUAUCAAUGCGGAAACACCGGGCACUUGAAGAUGAAUUGCCCACAAUUGGGUGGGGCAAGGUCAUCGGGACCAAGUAGUGGUAAUACCGGGACACGGAAUCAAGUCGGGACUUCACAAGCGUCCAGGGGGCAAGGGGGAGCAAGCGCAAGCAAUGCGCCGUCCGUGAAUCAAGGAAGGACUCAAGCUAGGGUCUACGCGAUGACGGAGGCGGAUGCUCAAGCUAACCCGGAUUCCGUUGCAGUUCUUUAAAUCAACAAAUGGAUCAAAUGCAAGGAUGGUAGAAUACACACGAAGAAACCGACGGAAAAAGGUCAACCAAACGCAUCCCGAGGAACAAAUAAAGACCACAAAAACGCCCAAGACAGACGAAAGCCGCCCGGUUUAUGCCAAAGGCGGCCGGCCUUUGGUCCCCAAGCUUAUUUUCGCAUCCAAAGCUGGAAAAUCUGAUCCGGAGCAAGAAAGGACGAAAGCCGCCCGGCUUUCGUGAACACCGGCCGACUUUUGGUCGCCGAAGGAAUUGUUCAGAAUUUAAUUACAAAAGCCGCCCGGCUUUUGUAAAUGGCGGCCGGUUUUCGGGCCCUGGAGCGAAGGCAGACUAUUUUAAACGCGCAAAAGCCGCCCGGCUUUUGCGAAUGUCGCCCGGGUUUCGUCUGGCACUGAUUAAAACAGGCAACGGUCAUCACAAUCAUUCGAGAGAAGCUCCAAACCCCAUUAAGGAGCUUGCUUCCUUGUCCAAAAAUGGCCGUUGAAGACCCAAUAUUUAAGCAUAUGGAAGCCCUCUCAAGUGAUUAUUCCAUAUUCCAUACACUUUACUUCCAUUUUAACACUCCAAGAUCAACCCCUUGGUCUUGGAAGAAGUUCUACACUUGGGGAUCCCAUUAUCCACCAUAGCUUUGGAGUUGUGGUAUUAUCUUCUUAUGUAUUUCAUUGUAUUUCAUCAAUUCAAUACUUGUAAUUUCAUUAUGAGUUGCUCUAGCUAAUUUUCCAUAGCCAAGGUUAGGGAUGAAACUUUACGCAUUCUAGGUGUUUGAUGUAUGUUCUCAACCAAAUUAUUAUGAUCUUUCCUUU